AUGGUUUCCAUCAAUAGUAACCAGACUAUUACGAUGUUUCUGCCCACCUGCCCUUCAAUGCAGGCAGCACGAUUCUUCCAAGAGGUCCAAACUCUUCUUCACGUUGCUGUCUUGACGCUGCUCCUCCUCCUUACCCUGUCCUGCCAGCUGGCCUUGGCCAGAAAAGGCCGGAAAAAGGUUGUGCAUGUCUCAGAGGAUGACAGUGGUGCUGUCGUGGUGCAGACGGCCCCCGGCAAAGUGGUGACCCAUCGUGGCGGGACAAUCAUCCUUCCCUGCCGCUUUCACUACGACGUGUCGGCUCACGAUCCCGACGAAAUCCGCCUGAAGUGGACCAAGGUGGUGGACCCCAUGUCGUUUGAGGACGUCUUCGUGGCCAUGGGCAAAGAGCGCAGGGCCUUUGGGAGCUACCGGGGCCGCACGGCACUGCAGGAGGACGAUGCCGGGGAUGCCUCCCUGAUCAUCCGGAACGUCACCCUGCAGGAUUACGGGCGCUACGAGUGCGAGGUCACCAACGAGCUGGAAGACGAUGCGGGGAUGGUCAAGCUAGAUCUGGAAGGGGUGAUCUUCCCGUACCACCCCCGCUUGGGCCGCUACACCUUGAACUUCCACGAGGCACAGAAAGCGUGUCUGGAACAGGACGGGAUCCUGGCUUCCUAUGACCAACUGCAUGAGGCUUGGCUAGAAGGGAUGGAUUGGUGCAACGCCGGGUGGUUAGAGGACGGAUCGGUGCAAUACCCCAUUUCCAGGCCGAGAGAGGAAUGCGGACAGAAGGAGACCCCUGUUGGGGUGAGGAACUAUGGAUACCGGCACAAAGAUGAGGAACGUUAUGAUGCCUUCUGUUUUACUUCCAACCUGAAUGGCAAAGUCUACUUCCUCAAGACCUAUCGGAAGCUCAGCUUCCUGGAGGCUGUCCAGGCCUGCAAGAAGAAUGGUGCCACGGUGGCCAAAGUGGGCCAACUCUACGCUGCCUGGAAGAUCCAGCUGCUGGACAAGUGUGAAGCGGGCUGGUUGAGCGAUGGAAGCAUCCGGUACCCCAUUGUCAACCCCCGGUCUCGGUGCGGAGGCCGGGAGCCGGGAGUUCGCAACCUGGGCUUCCCGGACAAGAAAUACAAACUCUUCGGCGUCUACUGCUACAAGGCCGCUGACAGCCCGGAGCCCAAGAAUAAGGGAAAAGACAGUCAAGGGAAGUGGAAAUCAUUCCAGGUGUAGCGGGGAC